AUAACUAGCCAAUUCGGAUCGGGUCUUGACCAUCAUAGCGAGAAAGAGCCAUUACCUUAAACCCUUGAAAGUAAAGUUCAUUCUUCACAAAGACCUGACCCGAAAAAACAAACAAAGGAACAAAAACAAUGGCAACCGAAGAAGAAAGUGCAGUGAAAGAACCUUUAGAUCUAAUCAGACUCAGCCUUGACGAGCGCAUCUAUGUCAAGCUUCGCUCGGACCGUGAACUCAGGGGCAAACUUCAUGCUUAUGAUCAGCAUUUGAAUAUGAUACUUGGGGAUGUUGAAGAAGUCGUUACAACUGUAGAAAUAGAUGAUGAAACAUAUGAGGAGAUUGUUAGGACUACGAAGCGCACAGUACCCUUCUUGUUUGUUAGAGGAGAUGGUGUCAUAUUGGUUUCGCCCCCGCUGAGGACGGCUUGAUAAGGGAAAUGAAGUUCAACAUGCAAUCUUCAUUGAGAAAUCACCUCUUUUCACAUUUUAUUUUUACCCUGAUGUUCUAUAUCUUCGGAUCUGGUCAUGCUAAGUGUAUCAAAUUAAACAUAUCGUGGUGCUGAAUAUUUAGAAUAGCCCACAAUGUUUUAGACAUAACCAAUGAAUUUGGGUAAUUUGUAAGGGCUGUUUGGUCGAAUUUUAUUGCUUUAGGAAAUAUGCUUUUAGAGAAAAAAGGAAAAAGCUUUGCUUUUCUAA